AUGUCUUCAAAACCCAAGCCAACUGCUACUAGAUCUUCGACGCGUAUAAAGACUAAUCCGGCUCCUACUGCUACUCGGCCUGGAUCUCGCAUUGCUGUGGCGUCCAGAGCAGUUACCACUGAAGCGUCUGCGGCUGCGGCUCUUAAGAAGCAGGUCCCUCGAAGGCCCCUCCAUAAUAGAGCAAACUCCCCUGUUGAGAUUGACACAGGGAUCGACAAGAAGGCCCGGCCUGCAUCUCGGAAUACGAAAGUACCAGGACCGAAAUCUGCUACACCCAUUGACUUUGCACAUGAUGACGACCGAGAGCCUGUGAAGGCUUUCCUUCGCAUCCGUCCUCGUCUGGGAGACGGCGAACCUACGUCAGAGCCGUACCUUGAACCUAUAUCUGACACCGCAGUUCGCAUGACAGACCCGGAAUCGUCCUCUCAUAGCCGGACGUCCAGUGCCAAUUCUGCAUCAAUUUACACAUUCUCCCACAUAUUCCCUCCGCAUACACAGCAGUCAGAAUUUUUUAACAAUACCACUCUACCGUUGGUGAAAGACGUACUCGAAGGACAAAGUGGACUGCUCUUUACAUACGGUGUGACCAAUUCCGGCAAGACGUACACCAUACAAGGCGGCAGCGAGGAAGGAAGUGCAGGCAUCCUUCCGAGGACACUGGACGUCAUCUUCAACAGCAUAGAGGGUCUACACGGGGACGGUAAAUAUCAUCCUGUCCGCCUAAACGGCAUUGAGCUUGCGGACGACUCCUCGAGCUCUGGACGAUCGCAAGUAUCCAAGCCCCAUGGCGUUCCUGCCCUCGCCGACAUUCUAGAUGACCUCGACGAUGCUGGCAUGGACAUUGACUCAACCACCCUGAAACUGGAUCGCAAUCACGAGUACACAGUUUGGCUGUCUUACUCUGAGGUAUAUAACGAGAAAGUAUACGAUCUGUUCGCCUCUGUGGACUCUCCCGAGUCCUCAUGUCAACCAAGCCAGUCUGCCGUUCCGCGUCCGACUUCAACAUUCCUGAAUAUACCGCUUCCGUCAUCACAGUCCCAUCCUUUGUUACUGACUCGCAAGGCACUGCCCGUGAAGUCGUCCCCACUUUCGGAUUCCGGGUUGUCAGGAUCUGAGGCGGGCAGCGCUGGGAAGUACGUUGCAGGCUUGCGGCAAAUCAGGGUCAAGAGCGCCGCAGAAGCUAAAGCUCUUCUCAAACUGGGACAAAUGCACCGCCGGGUCUUUGGUACACUUGCGAACAGUCAGAGCAGCAGAAGUCAUGCUCUUGUCACUAUCAAAGUCUUACGUGUCCACAGAGGCGAACGCAAUGAUCCGAGCUCUAUUCAGACGUCACGUCUGACCCUAGUUGAUUUGGCAGGCUCGGAGCGCACGAAGCAUACUCAUACUUCGGGAGACCGCCUGCGGGAGGCAGGCAACAUCAACAAAUCACUCAUGGUCCUCGGACAGUGUAUGGAAACGCUGCGUACGAACCAGCGCACCUUAGCGCGUAGCCUGGGGACCACCGCUGGGCGCAUGGAUACGCGUGAUGUCAAGAAAGGCCUUGCCGUUGUGCCUUUCCGUCACAGCAAGCUGACGGAAAUAUUGAUGGACUAUUUCGUGGGUGAAGGCAAAGCUGUCAUGAUCGUGAACGUGAACCCGUAUGACACUGGUUUCGACGAGAACUCGCACGUCAUGAGAUUCUCCUCACUUGCCCGGGAUGUCUACACAGCGCCAGCCGCUGCCGCUCCACGCGCAUUGCCUUCUGUCAAGGACCGCAAUCGGCCAAGUGGAGUGGGCCCACAUAGAAGGAAGGUAACGAUUUCUAUGGGCGGCGCUGGUAGGAAGGCCAGCGAGGCACAUCUAGAAGUGCUUGAGGAGGAUGAAGAACACGACGAGGACGGUCAUGAAGAGGACGACGACGGGCCAAUCAAUCCUCUAGUCGAUGCCUUGUUCGACGAAAUUGAGCGUCUUCGUACACAGGCAAGUCACACCCUGUAUGAAGUGGAGAUGCGCUGUGCACUCGUUGAGGCAGAGACUCGCGAGGAGGUCAUGGAAGAGAUGGAAGAACGCAUGCAUGACAUGGAGAAGAUGUUCAAACGACGACUGAUGAAAGAGGUUGAGCAGAACGAAAAAAUGAUGGAUGCUAAAAUUGAUAUGUUGAACCGGUCCAAAAUGCGUCAUCCCCUGGUUGAUCAUCCCGACGAAGGGGGCGAAACCGACGAGCACAUGCAAGAUGAAUUCGAGGAGCAGGAGGAACCAGAGGAAGAUCCGAACGAAUCAGACGACGCAGAGACCUACAAGUCGAGUGAGUCGAGCAGGUCACCGUCUCCUCUAGCUGGCAAGGGCCAAAAGAAAAUCAAACGGGGCACGACGCGUGCCAAUAAUCGUGUUGUCCACUCAGACUUUGCGGACGAGGAUACAUUCGAUCAACGGAGCGAUGGUGACGACUGGCAGAUGGAUACGGCUCCUUCCCAGAGCGACAGCCGCGAGGAGUUGCCAAGACAGCCAGUACGGGCCAGUCGUGCGUCCGGCAAGAAGCACGAUUUUGUCGAAGCACCUUCGCCAAUUUUUGAGGUUGAUGUGAAGGCGGGAAAGAUGGCGGCCAAACGCAAAUCUGGCCGUGAGCCCUCGGACAAACUGAGCUCCCUGCAGGAAACCCUUGAAAGCUUGUCCUUGCAAGAGAACGCUCGCGACUCGACAGUGGUCGUACCCAACAAGAAAGCCCGUCAAGAUGCGGUGACUCAUGGGGGCGAGGGGCAGCAGCAUGUAUCCCAGAAGGGCGAAGUUGACACGGUCAAGAAGAAGAAGAAGAGGCAACUGGGACGCGCGCCUACUGAUGAAGACAUGGCCACGAUUCUCCUGGGUACCUCCCAAGACAAGAAGCCCCUGCGCCGAAGCGUCAGGCACUGAGCAUGAGUAUCUGAACUCUUCAAUUAGGACGAACCCUGCACUGCCUGAGUGUAUUAGCCAUUUAUUGCUGCAAUAUGGAUACGAGUAACGGGGACUGUUCGAGUAGUAGCGUAGCAAAGGAAUAAAGAUGCUGUAAGAUGUCCAAAU